GCCAGUGUUACGUUAGUUGAGGGAUGGAGGAAGCAGAAACAUGAUCAUGGCGUCUGUCAGCUGUAAACACGGAAGUUGGGGGAUGAUAUUAUUGAUUACGCUUCACUUUUCUUCUCAAGGAGGUGCUACUUCUUGUUACAAGGGCAUAAUUGAGGAUGGUACAGACAAUCCAGACUUUCCCGUGGUGAAGCAGUGUGACGUUCGGGAAAAGCGAGACAGCCCGCUCUCCACCUCCCUCAGUCCGACAUCUUCGGUAGAACCGAAUGUCACAGAACCAUCACACACAACAGCAGCACCAGCUGUCCAGUCUACAACCAAGAAAGUGCCUACGUCACCCACCACUACAAACCAACCGACACCGCCUCUGUCUACAAGAGCGCCCGCUGACGCUCAGAUGUGUCUUAGGUUUGCGGUCCAGAAAACUUCGGGUAGUCUAAAGUUUGGGAAAGCUGUAGAGUGGAAGGUUAAGUAUGGGUGUGACACUGACAACCUGUGCCAAGGGAAGACUGGAACAUUUGAUCACAAGGUCACCUGGCACGGAGAGAGUGGUACCCUGUACUGUUGCAAUAGCGAUAAUUGCAAUUCACCAGUAGUGCAGUCUUGUUACAAUGGAGAGAUUGGUAAAAAGAGGCUUGUCCAGGCAACAUGCCUAGCUGAUUCCAAGUUCUGUGUGUCAAGCCUGGACCAUGUGAAUGGCACAGUUGUUGGGGGACAGUACAGCUGUAGUAUGGUGGAAUAUAGAGAUGUCUGUGUCCGAAACGGCUUCAGUGAACCUGGCUGCAAAAAUGUUACUGGUCCAAGUGGUAAGCUGUCCACAGUGUGUUGCUGCAAUACAAACAACUGUAACAUCCCAAUUAACAUCACCAGUCCGGUCAGCCCCACCACACGCUCACCAUCAGUCCAUCCCAAACACCACGGGUCCCACAGCGUCAACUACGCCGUGCCCACUGCGGCAACCGUCAUCAUCAUCCUGGUGAUCCUGACGGCCGUGGGGGGGCUGUGUGUGUGGAAGAAGAAGAGAGAGACGGGGAGUGGUGCCUUGAGCUUUACCUACAGCAGGCUAGCUGCAGACGUGGCUGUGUAACUGUAAGGCUGGGAUCUAAGCCUGGGAUCCAUUCCAUUCUAGCUUCAGUGCACUCCUCUGAUCACUUCCCUCUACAGAAUAGUCUGGAACUGGUUCAUAGAUGUUUGUAUGACAUUUACCAAGCAGGGUUUUCUAUUUUUGUUGUUCUGAAAAACAGGCAAACUUUCCAAAUCUUUGAAUGUUGCCUACUGAAAACAUUCAAAAGCUGCUAUCAAGCCUGUAGCAUCAUUUGGGGCUGUCAAAGGAUGUUUGCUCCACUAGUUUUCUGUAUCAAAAGAAAGAGGUACUGAGUUUGUGUGGCCUUAAUGACUACCUGUGUUAAGAUGACAGACACUUGUAUUAGUAGAGGUUCGGUUUUCUCUUUGGAGCUGACUUUGUAUAAGCA